AGACCUCAUUUCGAAAUUCCACCCUCUAUGUCCUGAGCAUCCCGAAACCCUCGACGUUAGUGCCCAGCCUCGGCGAGAGGUUCGGUGUACCAUACCUUGUCCCGGAACUCUCGCCUCCUUUCCGCACCUAACCCGUUUCCCGCCUUCCAAACUCACUCGAACCGCUCGUGGAGUCCCGAUUGCGGCGUACCCUCGAGCAUCGCGCGCUUCCAGUGGACCCCUCCUCGCUGGCACAUAUAGCUCAAGUGUCGCAUUCUAAGUCGUCCCUGCUCAAACGGACACCCUCGCGACAAUUUAGGCCAGCCAACGGGUGUCGCCAUGGGCUCCGAUCAUCGCAAACCCUCGCACGCCCAAACCACAGCCCUAGCGAAUCCGCCAGCCCGCACCCCACCGGCGUUGCGAAUCCGCUCAGCAGCGGCCAUCGGGUUCCCCUGCUUGCCUCGCACCCUGUGCCUCCCUCCCACCCCCUCCGUGCCUCUCCUCGCAUUCCCUUCCCUGCUUCAGGCUCACUCGCCUCUCGUCAGACCCCUGAAUCCACCAGCCAGAAGUAUAAAACGACCAGGGGUUUGUUAUUUCCAUUCACCAGUCUGCGCUCAAACUACUUGUUGUACAACCUCACCUUCAGCUUUCGAGUUCCUACCGUCUUCUGCUCUAAGAGGCCUUCGUUACCAGCUCUGUGAAGCUUUUCGAGUGCUUCAUAACAAUCCUCAGAGCUCUAGCUAAAGCCAGUCCGGCUCCCCCCUUCUCCGUCCGUCUACGACAUGGCCUGCGUCGGUGCCGAGCGUGCCUGCGUGGACGUCGAUGCUCUGUUCUCGAGCUGCUGGGCGCAAGAUGACUCCCUGACUCGCCUCGUCUGCAGCAUGAUCUCUGCUCCUCUCCUGGUCGACUUCAAAUGGUCAACGUCAAGCAAGCAAGGUGCAGUUGAGGCUGCUCCCUUCGUGGUUGAACCGGUUGAAUGUACGGUUGAGGCUCCAGCUGACUCGGUUGAGGCUCCAGCUGACUCGGUUGAGACUCCAGCUGACUCGGUUGAGGCUCCAGCUGACUCGGUUGAGGCUCCAGCUGACUCGGUUGAGGCUCCAGCUGACUCGGUUGAGGCUCCAGCUGACUCGGUUGAGGCUCCAGCUAACUCGGUUGAGACUCCAGCUGACUCGGUUGAGGCUCCAGCUGACUCGGUUGUGGCUCCAGCUGACUCGGUUGAGGCUCCAGCUGACUCGGUUGAGGCUCCAGCUAACUCGAUUGAGGCUCCAGCUGACUCGGCUGAGUCCGCUCCUAGUUCGGUUGAGACUUCUUCCUGCUCUGUGGAGGUCCCUGCCUGGGUGGUUGCGGAACCAGAGCAGGUGCUUCAGUCAUUCCCGGUUGCCGAAUUAAAGAAUGUAAUGGAUCCGUGCCUGGUUGCAGAGGCACAGCAGGGUGUGAAGGUGGGAGCAGAGGCGAGCAGUGGGUGGAGCAGCAUGAGUCGCAGUGAGAGCAGCUGCAGCAGCCACAGUGCGUGCCUCAUUGACCUCGCCUGGGACUCCUCCUCCUCCUCUUCCUCUUCUGACAAUGAUUGCUGCAGUCUCGCUGAAUUGACCGGGGUAGUUCCCCUGGCAGCAGAUCAGGACUGUGUGAAGAGAGGUAUUGGCCGGGGUAUUUCCAGCAGUGGGAAGGGAUGGAGCAUGGAGGUGAAGGGAUUUGGGAAGGCGGAGAAAGGAAGUACUUUCUCAAACCAGCUAUUCGGGGAGGAUGGCGAUGAUGAUGAGGAGGGGGGGGAAGAGCAUGGAAGCAGCAGGCAAAGCUACAAGAUUCAUGGGGCUGGGAACAUGUGUUACAUGAAUCAGCUGUGGAUGGAUGAGGCGGAGGAGGAGGAGAGAGAGGCAUUGGCAGCAUCAGGCAUCUCUGUUGGCAUCGGUAGGUUUGGUGCAAGGCGGAGAAUCUCUGGCUCUAGCAGCCGGGUUACUCUCCGCAGAAUGAGCAGCGUGCUGAGACAGUUCUAGUCUCUAGGUGUCUCAAACGGUAGGUCUGUUGUAGUGCAGUGGCAGCUGUGGCUGGAACCAGAGUAACUAGACUGCCACCAACUGGCAUGCUUCUAGAACUUGGUCUUGUAAAUUAUUAAUACCAUUACUAUUAUUUGUGUUCUCCUUUUUAAUAAAAAGG